AUGUCACCCAUCACCUUAUGCCAUAGGUCACCAACAAAAAAGCAGCUUGGCGCAGUGGAAGCGCGCCGGGCUCAUAACCCGGAGGUCACUGGAUCGAAACCAGUAGCUGCUAUGGUUACAAUUUUUUUGCGGUUCCUUUCACUUUUCAUCAGUCACCUUUUCACAGAGAGUGGAGGCUCAUAUACCCUAACCGAGAGACUGUUUGCCACCACAGAAAGCAGCUUGGCGCAGUGGAAGCGCGCCGGGCUCAUAACCCGGAGGUCACUGGAUCGAAACCAGUAG